AUGAACCUUCCGUCCCCUCCUAUGUUGCAGUCGAUCGGACCAGAAGAAGAUGGAAGUCACUGGAGCAGCCCUAGAGUGUCGGCUCCCCUCCUCGUGACCUCCCAGCCAUCGCCGAAGAUUGAAGCCCUCCCCGUCUCGCGAUCGCCAGCCAACUGGAAAGAUAUGGAUGCCUACUACAAUAGUUACUGGGUUAAUACUCUUGCAGGGUUGAAGCGGGAAUAUUUUAAUAAUCCGUGGAGUAUCAUUGCUCUAUUUGCUGCUUUUUUACUGUUUGCUCUACAGUCGUUCAAACCAUCUUCACUAUCAAUCCCAAUUAAACCUCUAAUACUCACAAUUGUCUCCACUACAGACGCCCCCACAAUUCUAAUUAAGCUCAAGAACGCAACGCCGUGUGUUGGAAUGGCCAAGACAAGGAGUAUGACUAGAAACCAGAUUCAUGAUUCUAUCAGGAAGAGAUUAGUGAGAGUGACUAGUUUCGACCAACGACCAUAUGGGUUGAUCCAUCCAGCACAAAUGGCUAAGGAUGGUAGAAGAAAGAAGAUAGAGAAAAGGCUCGGCAUUGGUCUUGGGGAGUUAGCGUAG